UUUAACCUUCGUUGGGUGUAUGCGGCACUUUUCUAGCGGGAGCGAGUGUUUCAUGUACCCCAUGUCUUAAAAUUUCUUGCAGAGUGAUUGUAAUGGAAGUGAAUCAGAGACGAGAUUGGACCCUCUUUGCGAUGAGUUUGGGGUUUAGUGGCUGCAUUGACGGAUUUACGAUGGUGAUGAGAGCGUGCAUGAGCGUAGAGUUCGUUUCAGUUUUGUCUAAGUUUGUGUAGGGGUCGGGGGAUAGCAUUGGUAGCAGCAUUCCUUAGGGUCCAUGGCAGCCUCAGAAUUCGAGACGGUCAAUGAUGAUGGGUUUGUUUUUAAGGUUCGCAAGAGGCGUUUAGAGGAGAUAAAUGUUAAACCUCUGGCUGUGAAGGAAGGGCAGCGUCAUGAGGAUCAGGAACCUGUUGAGGAACAAUCUGUAAAGUUGGAGAAGAAAGCAAAGAGGUUGAUGACACUCAAAGCGAUGUAUGAAGCCGAGUUAGAGGCUUGGAAGAAACUAGAAGAAGCUGCUGCACCGCCCGUUCCUGAUGAGCCUUCUUCAGAAAAGUCACCUUCAAGUCCUGAACAUGAUCUACAUGCUGAGUUUUUGAAAGAACUUAAAAUUGAGGUCGAAAACGUGGAGGAGUAUAUCAAGCGGCUGCAAGACCAUAUUGUUAUUGCAGAAAGCACGUACAAACUGUGCGUGAAGGAGAUGCGAGAGGAUGCCAACUUUCGGCCAGCAGAUGAGAUUGUUCUUGCUCUCACAGGUCAAGCAAUAUCCGAUGAUGUUAUUGCAACUCAAGCAUCACUUGGAUCUUCUGUAUCACUAAGUGAUGUGUAAACAUCGAUUGAGAAGGUGCUAAGUGGUUCUGAUCGUGCAUCUCCUCAGCACAAUGGUCCCGGUGGUUCGACAAAUAUGUUCUUCUUGGUUUACGCACAGCAACUAGACAAGGGUUACUUCCUCUUUAAAUGUAAAGGAAUCUUCUAACGGUUUAAACAGCGAAAUUUAGACAUGGUUCAUUCUUUUUAUCCCUGGGACAUAUCUCUAGUACCUCUUGGUUCUGUGUUACAGUAUUCAAAAGACAAAUUGUACAAUACAGUUGUCUAGGUUAGAAAAGCAAGUGAAACUCUACCGGUGGGAAGGUUAUUGGAUUAUUCUUCAGGAGAACUACGUUGAUCUAUUUUUUCUGUUCACGUGUGACAGAAGAUAAUGCUUUGCACCACCAUAGCUUGAACCAGUUUCAAGUUCUCUCAGUUCACAAUAUGUAGCUUCGUCUGCAAUGCAAGGAGUGGCAAACUCAUCCCAUGAGCUCAA